GUAGGACAACCUUGACAUUCCCCCACACACGCUGUAUGUCGCCUCCGGGAGAUGGUCAUUUUCCUCUCCAUGCGAAUAGGAGGAGCCCUCAGUUUUACCCGACUGUGUCACUAACGAAGAGGACAAGCCCAGGUGCUGAGGAGAGGGAAAGGGCGAUAGGGGUGGUGUGGUUUCUGCAGGUAAACACUAGUAAUCCCGAGCUCAGAGAGGCAAGUGCGGAGUUUAGCCCACACCCAGCACGCUUGCGGACACCGUACGGAUCCACCUGUGUUGUUGUAUCUUCCAUUUUCAGCAACCCGCGGGUGGGAAGCAGACAAUGCCAAUGCGCUCUCGACUGUGGACCAUGUUCGCAGGUCAGAGGAUGCGUAAAAAUGCGUAGUAACUGGAAUAGCAGGUGCUGGAAGAAGGGCGUCCUACUGUCAACACGUCUAAACUGUGCGCAUAGCGCCGAGCGCUGAUGUUCAAACCAUGGAGAAACAAGCUCUUGCAACGGCUCUUAGCUUGUCCAUGAGCGUUAUCUCUUUACUCUUGUUGGUCACCGCUAUCUUCACCGACCAUUGGUACGAGACAGACACCAGAAGGCAUAAGGAGAACUGCGACAAGUAUGGGUCGGAUUCUAACGACCAGAAAAACAGGGAGAUGCCUAUAUACCACUUGCCUCUUGUGGACAACGGCAACUCCAAACGGAACGUGGCGCUUAUGAAGCCGAUUCACGUCGGGAGUAGAGAGGAGGAAUUACUUGAGAACUGGAGGGCAAUACUGGGGAUGGGGAUUCUUGAGACGGAAUGUGGGCGUCCGUUGUUCUCCACAUAUUCUGGACUCUGGAGAAAAUGCUACUUUCAAGGCAUGGACCGGGAUAUCGAUAAACUCAUAUCAAAGGGUAUUGCGGACCGAUGCACAACUGUCAAGUACCAUUUCUCUCAGCCUAUUCGGCUUCGAAACAUCCCGCUCAACCUGACGAGAACCAUUCAGCAAGAUGAAUGGCAUCUAUUACAUCUGCGGCGAAUCACGGCGGGGUUCCUUGGGAUGGCGGCCGCAGUUUUGCUGUGUGGCAGCAUUGUGGCCACAGUGGGCUUCUUUUGGGAGGAGAGCCUCACCCAGCACGUCUCCGGCCUGCUCUUCCUCAUGGCAGGGAUAUUCUGCACCAUCUCCUUGUGCACCUACGCCGCCAGCGUCUCCUACGACCUCUCCCGGAACCCACCCUUCAUCUAUGGACUGCCCGGUGACGUGGACCAUGGUUACGGCUGGUCCAUCUUCUGCGCCUGGGUCAGCCUGGGACUUACCGUGGCAUCGGGCUGCCUCUGCACCACCUACCCCUUCUUCAGCCAAACCAAGGCCCUGCACUCCAAAACCGCCCGGGAGUCCUCGGUAUGAGCGUUAUGAGCAGUGUGAGAGAAUUGUGCGCCCUCUGUAGAUUUGGAGGAUGAAUUGUUGGUGUGGACAUUUUGUUGCUGACUGAAGACCAAUAUAAGAGGUGUUUUAUUUGUACGAAACCAGAGAUGAAACAUAGUUUCCACAGUGAGAUGUGGGAAUUUUGUUGGUCUUUUUUGUAGACUCUCGCCAACCUUUAUCGAGGUGUUAUGGAAGGUGCAGCUGUUAUGAUGUGUUAUGUGUGUGUUUGUAUGUGCACACAGGCAAACUCACACAUAGAUAUGGACCUACACAUGUGUACACAAGUACACACACAGUCUCUCUCUCUCUCUCUCUCUCCAAGAUAUGGAGAACAAUAUGAGAGUGAAUAACAUGAAAGGAUGCAAAUACCCACACAGGCAUACCACACACAUAAAACAUGUGUGUAUAUAUUAGCAUAUAUACGAAAAAGGCAGAAUUCUUAUUGGUGGUUUGGUAAGAUUGAAUCAAAUGGACAUUGUAUAAAACUACUAGUAUCACUUUAAAAGCAAGAACCCUCCUUUUUUUCAGAUGUAAGUGAUAUAUUUUCUAAACUCUUAAGUACAAAACUCUAAACUGAUAGCAUGUGUAAUGCCCCCUAUCUUAUGUUCAGAACCUUUGAUUGUGCAUUCAUUGGGGUUUCACAUCUUUGUUUUCCAUUAAAUACCAUGAGCACAUUUUGGUUAGCCACCAAUACAUCAGAUAAUGAUCGGCUCACCAUGUAGUCAUUUUAACUACUAUUUUCAGUUGUUGUUCUUUUCAAUCACUUUCGUGCAAUUUUCACUGGUAUGUGGUACAUUUUCACGACAAGCACAAAAAUCAAAACAGAUCAUCACAAUCGUCCCUGUUUCAAAACUCACAUUUGCAAUUGACUGAGAAAAACAAACGAAAAAAGUCACAUGUUCACUGCAACAAAUCACUUUUUUUGGGGGGGGGGGAUUACAUAAUCAAUCUAAGUGUCUGCUUUUCAAAAUGCAAUAUUCACUUUACUUUUGAUAUGAGUUUCUUGUCAUUUGUUAACAAUACAAUUAUCUAUCACUUAAUCAAACUGCUCAAAACUGCUAACUACUGAGCCACAAGUAUGUACUGCCUAGUUAACGUAUAUAGUUUGAUAACUGUUGAACACUGUAAAUGUCUAUAUUCUUUACCUAAAUGGAGCAAUUUGUGCUCCAGUGUGCUCCAAUAGGACAAAGGGGAAAGAAUCCCUAUGUGCUACAAUUUGGGAUUAUAGUGUCGUGCACAAUGCACUGCUGAAAUACCUGGGUUGUGCACUGCUGAUACACAUUUCAAAACUGUUCUUUUUGAAGUGCUGAAUAGAGAGAAUACUAGAUGGUAAAUGUAUAUUUUCAAUACAGUAUUUGACUCUAACUUGACAUACCAUUUUUUUUAAACAAUUUGUAUCCACGUUGAGAAAUAUGUCAGUUUAACGAUUUCAUAAUCCGUAUACAGCACACGUGUAGGACAAAUCAUCACAAAUAGGGGAAUUGUAAAGCAGUUGGCUACUGUAAAAACGUAGUACGGGUGUUGUGUGCUAUUUCUGCCGCAUGCAACAUUGUGAAAGAUCACCCUUUUCUACGGGACUUGUCAACUAAUACAGUAUCGCCUGUCGCUCUGCUUGAAAUUCGUCAGCUUACAAUGUACAAAUGAAAUUCAGAUGAUGAGUGAAAUAUAUUAUUAUACACAAUACAGGUAUUUCAACACUACACUAUCAUUCCAAAUGGUAGCACACAGAGUGACUCUUUCCAUUUGGUCCUAUUGGAGCACACUGGCUGAUGGAGAAUGAUGUAGUAUUUACAGUCACAUCCAUGUUGUCCUAUUGGAGCACACUGGCUGAUGGAGAAUGAUGUAGUAUUUACAGUCACAUCCAUGUUGUCCUAUUGGAGCACACUGGCUGAUGGAGAAUGAUGUAGUAUUUACAGUCACAUCCAUGUUGUCCUAUUGGAGCACACUGGCUGAUGGAGAAUGAUGUAGUAUUUACAGUCACAUCCAUAUAGGAUUUGGAUUGACCUUACAACAUAAAUUGAUGUCAAACUGACUCAUUUAUGAGGUAAAAAUACAGAAAUGUACAGUGUUCAGCAGUUAUCGUACUGUAUACGUAAAGUAGGCAUUACAUCGUUUUGGUUCAGUAGUUAUCAGUUUUGAGCAGAUUUAUUAAGUGAUAGAUAGUUGUAUUCUUAACAAAUUAUAAGAAAAUCAUAUAACAAAAUGAAGGGAAUAUUGCAUUUUGAAAAGCAAGUACUUAGAUUGACUAUAUAUCCAAAUUGAAAGAGUGAUUUGAUGCAGUAACUUUGUGAAUUUGUUUGUUGUACUCAGUCAAUUGAAAAUGUGCUUAGAGUUUUGAAACAUGAGCCAUUUUAAUGAUCUGUUUAGAUUUUUGUGCUUGUUGUGAAAAUGUACCACAUACUUGUGAAUUGCACCAAAGGGAUUGAAAAAAAUGUAAUCCACAGCCUAUGACAUUCUGACGGAUUCUAUUGGUAAUUUUAGUUGUGGCAAUCGAAUUGUACAAAGUUUUUAGUGAACCCAUUAACCAGUCCCUUCCCAAACAGAUAAGGCAUAAUCACUAAUCAUUUCAAAAUGUGUGCCAGACUGUGAGAAGAAUACUGACAAUGAUAGGCGAAGGACUACAGGGAUUGUUGCUUACAAAGUUGAGGAAAGUCAUUUUUCUCGCUCGUGGACACAAAUGGUGCACGAUUCAACAUUGGAAUGUGAAAACAGUAGAAACUGGAUGAGAUAAUGUUGACACACCGCUUGAAUGGAUGUAAGACUUUUGUGUUGGAACGUCAUCACACAUGUUCUGAGCAGCCAACAGUGAGGGGUGGGCCCUGAAAGUUACAUGCUGCCCCAUGGAAUGGCCAGCUUUCGCAACGACUCUAUCUGACCUGGAAGACUUGUAGGGACCUUGAAUGGCUUGUGGGGACAUUAAAUGGCUUGUGUGGACCUUGCAGGUUAUGUAUGUUCAACUCAGCAUGCUGUGUCAGAAGCAGAGCAGCAAUUCUGAGAUGGUACAUUGAGCUUCAAGUCUUCUAUAUUGACAUUUAAAUCGAGCUGUAAAUAAAAUAUGAUCAA